AUGGCGGAGCGGCCCACCGAGGAUGGCCGGAGCGCGAUGGAGGGCCUGAUCUUUGUCGUGCCGAGCGCUUCGAUGCCGACUCUCGCGGUUCGCGAGGCGUUUGGGCGAGAGGUCGCGCACCGCGGCUACCUUCCGAACCUGCGGCCGCUCUUUGAGCAGUGGCGGCGCUCACCGAGGUGGGGUGACUGGGCCAUGCCGGGCGACAGCCGCCCAGGCUUGCGCGAGGAGCCGCUGCUCGACGAGUCGCAGAAGCGGCUGCGCCAGUCCACGUCGUCGCCGGAGCUCGGCCACAGCCGCGACCCGUUCCAGCUACCGGCUCCCGCGGUGCUGCCCGCAAAGGCGUCGGGCGGCGGGGCGGACUGGGGCACCGUCUUCACCAUGUGCUCGGCCACGCUCGGCGCGGGAGCCCUCUCGCUGCCGUACGCGAUCAGCCAGAUGGGGCUGCUGCUCGGGCUCGGCCUGCUAGCGGCGACCGCGUGCGCGACCCACUACUCCAUCUCGCUCCUCGUGGGCGCGAUGGGCGCGACGCGGCUGCACUCGUUCGAGGAGCUUAACUACGGGGAGAUAUGCGGAGAUGCACGGCCUCCUCCUCCUCCGACCAUUUACGACUCGUCAUGUCACUACCAGGAGCUCACGGUGCACGCCUUUGGGCAGCGGGUGGGGGUGCUCGUCGAGGUUGCGAUCAUCGCCUUUUGCUUCGGCACCGUCGUCGCGUACACGGUCGCCAUCGGCGACAUCCUCGAGCCGGUGCUCGCGAUGCGGUCCGUGCAGCGCCACCUCGGCCACGACGUCCUCAAGCAGCACGUCCUCUUCGUCCUCUGGCUGGCCUCCUCCGCGUUCGGCGUCCUCUCCCUCCUCUACCUCGUCCUCUCCGUCGCGUACCACGCCGCCGCCGACUGCAGCCGCAACCCGCAAGAGACGAUCCAGCAAGUCGAGCUCGCGCGGUUCGGACCGAGCGGCCUCUCCUCGCUCGCCAUCCUGCUGUUUGCCUUCACGUGCCAGGUCAACGUGCCCUCGAUGUUUGCAGAGCUCCAGCCGCCGAACCCGGCCACGAUGCGACACAUCUCUCGCCGCGCCGUCCUGCUCUGCCUCGGCUGCUACGCCCUCAUCGGCACCGCCGGCUACGUCAACUUCCCACACAAGCGCGAGUCGAACGUCCUCUCAAACUACGAGCUCGACGAGCCGCACUCCCGCAUGAUGGCCCCCUCCUUCGGCGCGAUCGCCCUCACCGCGUACCCGCUCAACGUCUUCCCGUGCCGCUACACGCUCGACGUGAUCCUCAGCCGCUCGGCCGCCAACUGGAGCUCCUCGCCCAGCAGCGCCGGCUUCGGGUCUCUAGAAGCGGAAUGCUUUGGGCCGACACCCAUCCCGCCGCGCCGCCGCGCGCUGCUCACGCUCCUCAUCACCGGCGCCUCGCUCCUGAUCGCCCUCUUCGUCCCCGGCAUCAACAUCGUCUUCCAGGCGACGCGUCUCCUGAUGGGCGGCACUGCCUCCGCCUUUGUCUGCUUCAUCCUGCCCGCCGCCUUUGCGUGGCAUUACGACUUGCCCGAGUGGUGCAUUGCAAAAAUCAAACUCAAAAUCGCUGCGAACAACAGGCUGGAUGCCUAG